UUCUAAAGUCAUCAUAUGGGUAACAGAAUCAACAUUUUGCCGGACGAUGUCCUAUGCCACAUUCUCUCUUUCGUUCCAACCGAAGAAGUAGUUGCCACAAGUGUUCUAUCCAAGAGAUGGAAACCCCUUUGGCGUUCAGUUCCUGCUCUCGACUUCACCUGCUGGAACUACUCUUCAAACGAUAAAGCCCGUUUUCGCUUUGUUCAGUCUGUCUCUACAUUUAUCCUCUCCCGUGAUUUGAACCAACCCCUCAAAAGAUUCCGCAUCAGAUGCUGCUCUUCUGUUUUUGAUUCUGCCUUUUUCAAUGCAUGGCUUACCACUGCAGCGCAAUCCAGAGUUGAACACAUCGACCUUUGUAUGGAUCUUAAAAUAAUUGUCUUACCCUCAAUCUUGCUUAACUGCAGCACCCUAGUGGUUCUCAAGUUGACAUGCCAAGAAAUGAGUGGUUUUUCAUCUGUUCACUUGCCAUCACUUAAAAUCCUGCAUUUGGUUGUAUUUUUAGAGCGUACACAUCUAGCGGCGUUUCUUUGUGGGACUCCUAAUCUUGAGGACUUGGUAACCAAGUGUGUAAGGUUUAGUCACUAUGAAACUAAAGGAAUAUUUAGAAGACUUCCCAAAUUACUUAGAGCUGUCAUAGUCAAAGAUGCGGUUCCAUUGGAUGUUCUUUAUAAUGUUCACUUCCUGCGAAUAGAGAAAAUGGAUGAUAAACACAUCGAAGACCAGCUGCAGAUUCCUAUGUUUCACAAUUUAACUCAGAUUGAAUUGUGCUAUUUUGAUUAUGCUCACUACUGGAUUGAUCUGUUUGAAAUACUUGAAUAUUGCCCCAAGCUUCAAAAUCUCUCUAUUUACAUGGAGUGUCCAGAAAACGCACCUGAGCGCGGUGUAAAAGAAGAUUGGUCAUGUCCACCACGUGUUCCCAAAUGCAUCUCAUUUCACCUUAUAUCAUGUUGCCUUAACAAGUACAGUGGCACUUUUGGGGAGUUUGAAUUUGCAAAAUAUAUUUUGCAGAAUGCAAGAGUUUUGCGGGACAUGACAAUCUCCACUUGUGAAGAUGAAGAGGAAAAGGAAAAACUUGAAAUGAUAAAAGAACUAUCGUUGUGCAUAAGAAUCUCUUCAACUUGUAAACUAUCAUUUAAUUGA